AUGGUACACGACCUAGUCAGCUCUCAACAACACAUGCAGAACAAUAUGCAGGCAAACAAUGAUGUGGUACACAAAAUUCAAGAUGCACAACAAGAGCAGAAGUCUGCCAUGGAUAUGUUGACCAAGCAAAUGUCACAAUUGGCUACUUCAUUGAAUGAGAUGAGGGGACACGAGGGAAGGAUACCAGCUUCUAGGGGUGUCAAAAUGGAUACCGGAAUGUCUACAAGACCAAGUGGAAAAUCGCCUAUCAUAUCUCAACCUAUGGACACGCAAGAAGAUAGCAACAUCAAUAUGAUUUUAAAUGACCAAGAUUUGGAAGAUGUGUCCAUAUUAAAGGAUAUGGAAGUCGAAGAUGGUAAUGUGAAUGUCAACGUUAAUCAAUCACGUGCAAAAAAAAGAAAAAUUGGGAUAAAGAAGGAGCCAAGAUCUGUUCAUUGGAAGGAUUAUGAAAGAGUUAAGGUUAUGGAAGGCAAUCCUCCUAUUGAGGUGGUGAAAGGAAAAUGCAAACGUUGUGAGGUUCUAAUUGCAGCUGACUCGCGCUGGUGUGGAACGAAUGGUUUAAAAAACCAUACCAUUUCCUGUUUGAAGAAGAAGGAUAAAGAGGAAGGAAGCAAUAAAGGACAAACAGUGUUGAAUUAUGUUGGAGAUGCAAAGGGUGGCAAUUUAUCUUUGAUUAGUGGGAAGUUUGACCAAAAGGCGGGUAGACUUUCACUGUGCGAGAUGAUCAUCCUCGACGAGCAACCAUUCAAGAUGGUGGAGUACGUGGGUUUUAGAAGGAUUUGGCUAGGUUUUUCAAGAAAGAGGGCAUGGGCAGAGUUUCAAUCAAUCACUAGUGACUGUUGGACGGGUGUGAAUAACUCAAAUUACAUUUGUGUUACUGCACACUUUAUUGACAAAGAGUGGAGAUUGCAAAAGAGGAUAAUCAGUUUUGCCGUAAUUGAAAGUCAUAAGGCGCCAGACAUUGGUGAAUCUAUAAUCAAAACGUUGAAGGAGUGGGGAUUGACAUCUCUCCUGUGUUGCACUAUGGACAAUGCAGUUCCAAAUGAUGGAGCUAUUGCAAAUGUCAAGUCUUAUUUGAACAAGUUUAAUACCAAUGUUUUGGAUGGUAAGUACUUUCACAUGCGUUGUGUGGGUCACAUUCUCAACAUAGUUGUUCAGUUUGGUUUGGAAGAAAUUGGCACGUCAAUACGCCGAGUUAGGGAGGCAGUCAAGUGGAUCACCGGUUCAGCACAAAGAAGUUCACAAUGGACCAAGGUGGUGAAUAUUCUUGCGGACAGGAUUGAUUCCAAGAAGGCAUUAUGCUUGGAUGUCCCCACUCGUUGGAACUCUACUUACUUGAUGCUUCAGUCUGCCAUACCUUAUGAAGAUGCUUUUCAGCUCUACAGUCAGAUGUAUCCAUCUUACAGAAAAGAUUUGAACCAAAAGAAGCAUAAUGGUGAAUUCAUUGGAUUGCUUGAAAAACAUGAUUGGAUAUGUGUGAGGAAGAUGAUUGAAUACUUACGGAAGUUCUACGAGUUGACUCUCCUCACGUCAGGCACUAGAUAUCCAACUUCACACAUUUUUUUUGCUGAAAUGUCAGAUAUUUUUGAUCUCAUCUCAACAUUAGAGAUUAGUGAAGAUCAUGAAAUAAGCUCGAUGGCCAAGAAGAUGAGGGCGAAAAUUGAAAAAUAUUGGGCGGAGGACAUGGAAUUAAAUCCAAGGAUGAAUAGGAUCUUAUACAUUGCUGCCGUACUUGAUCCGAGACAAAAGAUGAGUCACGUAGAGACAUGCUUCAAGUCAAUCUACGGAGAUAUGCGAGGGGAAAUCAUGGUCAGAGAUGUUACAUACUCAUUGAAUGAGAUGUUUGACUAUUAUGUGGCACAGAGAGAGGCUCGGAAACCGCCACAGCAGCCAAGAGAUGGUGACGAUGAGGACGAUAAUCAAGGGCGAUCCGUUUUCCGAGGAACAUGUAGUCUCACGAUCUUGAGAGGGAGGCGGCAGACCAACAAGUUUAAUGAGCUUGCCGUUUAUUUGACUGAAAACACUCACAUCGAGGAGAACGAUGGCGUGGAACACUUUGAUAUCUUGAAGUGGUGGUCAGAGAAUUCACGUUACCCCGUUCUAAGUGAGAUGGCAAGGGAUAUUUUGGCUAUUCCCAUUUCUAGUGUUGCAUCUGAGUCUGCAUUUAGCUUGGAAGGUCGUAUUCUCACUCCAUACAGAAGCUCAUUAGCUCCUUGUAUGUUCGAGGCUUUGGUUUGUGCUUCAGAUUGGUUGAAGAGUAUUGACUUGGAAAGGAAAUGUAACGAAGAUAUGUCUGAAGAAUUAGGCAACAUUGGACUUGAAGAAUAUCAAAGUGGAAGGAUGUUUAAACUUAUGAAUUAUGAUGGUUAUUGA